AUGCCACCCAACUUGCUGCUGCUGAAGCGGUGGCUCGUGGGAGCCGGCAUCAUCAUUGUGUUGCUCCUUCUUUUUCGAGAAGAAUUACCGACGGUGACGGACCUGCGCGGCAGUCAGAUUGACCGGGAUGGCUUCGUCUCCAGGACCGAGAUGAUGGCUGUUGUCCGGGAGUGGCAGAAGCGCGAAAGAAUAAGGAAGAUUGUCGGGCUUGUCUUUUAUCAGAAGCGGCAGCAGGCGUCCAUCCUGGACUGCUAUCUCAAGCAGCGGGAUCUGGCCAAGAACGGCGGCGUCCUGGACCAGGUUAUCUGGCUGCGGCAAACCGACGAUGCGCGCGACGUGGAAUUUCUCGACAAGCUUGUCCGGUCGGAGACGCACUACUCCUGGCGCAACCAGGAGGGGAGCGACGCCAGCGCCUACGACGGAAUCCAAGACGACCUGCUGUACAUCCAAAUCGACUCGGGUAUUGUCUACAUGGAGAAUGAAACCAUCUUGUCCAUGGCGCACACGAGGGCCAUGCGACCCGACUUCUACCUCGUUUCCGCAAACGUCGUCAACCAACCUCUGAGCAGCUGGCUUCACCUGAGCCUCGGGGCCGUGAAGCCGUAUUUGCCCGACAACGAGACAUGGACGCCUGUUGAAGCCGAGUCGGGGGUUAUGAACUGGCGCCCGUCUCGGCUGCCGUCUUGGCGAGGGCCGCCCGAUUUCGACGUGGCCAAAUGGAACCCCCCGGCAGGCCGACAGCAUCUCUGGCUGCCGGUCACGGGCAAGACAGAUCAUCUCCUCCACAAUACGCCCAUUGUCCACACCGUCUACGAUGCCUACAAGGACCAGGGAAGCUGGAAGUGGAUGGCUGCCGCCCAGCAGCAUUACAGCCUGCUCGAGAAUCUGGAAAGGGGGGAGCUGUCGAAGUACAAGUUUCACCUGUGGAACUAUCAGGAACUCGGCAUGGGCACCCAGCUUGUGGCCAUGACCGGGAAAGACAUCAAUGCCGCCAAGCCGAUUGGGGCUGCUGCCGAGAGACAUUUCGCCGUGACGAUGCCGCGAAAAAUAGGUCGACGUAAGUGA